AUGUCUUCUUUAUUGACUGGUAUGAGCGAGCUGCUCGUCUCUGGACGACGUAUACUCAGUUCCGAGUCGAGGCACUGGCGCUUUGCCUCAACGUCAGCAUCAACACUCAAAGCCAGUACGUCAAAGGCUCUCCCUAUUGCCACACAUGCCCCUUUAUCUGCCCUCCCCACUCGUGUUCUCCUCAGAUCUCUUCUGGUCUCUACCAUUUCCUCAAAGCCUCUCCUGCUGCGGUCCUCACUUUGGGCUCUCUCCAUCCUGUCGAAACCGAACCGAGGUUUCUUACUCAGCGUGGACCGAAACCCAGUCCUCCAUGGUAUCCUGAAGAAGACGUUCUAUGAGCAGUUUUGCGCGGGCGAGAAUGGGGCGGAGACAAAGGCCACAAUCCAGGAGCUCAAAGAAAUGGGGUUCCGUGGUGUGAUUAUGACAUAUGCAAAGGAAACUGUCUUUGACCACAGCACCAAGACUGCGCAUGGGCUUGGAAUUGCUGCUUCGGAAAGCCAAGAGGGGUACUACUGCACCAAUAUCGAGGCCUGGAGAAAGGGAACAAUGGAGACGGUCGAACUGUUGGAGAGCGGUGAUUACCUGGCUGUCAAGCUAACCGGGGCGGGUCCUUUGGUCACUGAAGCCUUUUCCAGUAACAACAUACCCCCUACACAGUUCCUUGAAGCAUUGGAAGAAGUAUCAAGCCGAUGCAGAGAGCGUGGUGUGCGAAUUCUCGUUGAUGCCGAGUCCCAGCACUUCCAGUGGGGUAUUCUCUGCGUGACACUGGAUCUCAUGCGCAAGUACAACCACGAUGGUUAUGCCCUUGUCUACAACACAUACCAAGCAUACCUCAAAAGCACGCCCGAAACACUGGCAAAGCACCUCACCGCAGCCCAUCAAGAGGGCUUUACACUCGGCCUCAAGCUUGUGCGCGGGGCAUACAUGGCCUCGGAUAAGCGUUCUUUGAUCCACGACACGAAGGAGGACACCGACAAUGCCUAUAACACCUUUGCUCAGGGCGCACUGAAACAGACAAUUGGUGACUUUGGCACCAAGACCACCUUUCCAUCUGUCAAUCUCUUCCUAGCCAGUCAUAACAAGGAGAGUGUGAUGAAUGCCCACCACCUGCACCAACAGCGCACAGCCGCCGGGCUGCCCACGGUACCGGUGGGGUUCGCCCAGCUUCAUGGGAUGUCGGACGAAGUCAGUUUCUCGCUGCUAGCGCUCAAGGACAGCAGUGGGUUACCCGAGGUCUACAAGUGCUCGACCUGGGGUACCAUGGGGGAAUGCCUGGCGUAUCUCUUGCGACGGGCCAUUGAGAAUCGAGAUGCGGUUUUGCGCACAACGGAUGAAUACAAUGCGCUGAAGGCGGAAGUCAGACGGAGACUCGGAGCAAUGUUUUCAGUCUCACGCAGAUAA